UUCUUUCGGUGUGUGCACAUUGUAUUUUUAGAUAUUUAAAUAAUGGAAAAUUAUCGAAAAAAAUUACGAUCAACACCAUCACGUUUAGCGUAUCAAAGAGCCAAAUCAACAAUGUGUUCAACGCCGAUUGUUGAACAGAUGAAAAAUAAAACACCGAAAAGAAAAUUGGACAAAAAUAAUGACAUUGUGAAAUCAAUGCAUGCCAUGCGAAGAGGCGAGAUCUCUUCGACAAAUUGCUGCAGCCUGGAAUUUCGUAAUUACCGAACAUUAUAUCAACAUAUCGUUGCUGUUCAUCCGAAUUUCUUUGUCGACAACAGUAUUCCUCAGGAUGAAUCACCCGAAAAAAAUCUAAAAACAUCACGAUCAACACCAUCGCGUUUAGCGUAUCUAUCAAAUCAAAGAGCCAAAUCAACUGCAUGUAUGGAGAAAAAAUCAUCACCAAUGUGUUCAACGCUGAUUGGCAACAAACCGAAGGAUAAAUUUGUUAUGAAGACAAUCAUGGAGAAAACUCAUUCGCUGAAUAAUAACACUAUAUCACUGGUAGGAAAUAGCAAAAAUGCGACAAUUCAACAUUCGAAUAAACGAACAGGAAUGAAUCAGUCCAAUCUACAACAAAUCGAUACUAAUCAGCAGAGACAUUCAUUGGAAAAUAAUAAUGAUGAACUGAUAAUGGCUCAACAUGAUGCUCAAAAAACUAAUACCAAAACGGUUUCAUUACCGAUUGAUAAUCAUGAUACAAACUUAUCCAACCAACAAUCAUCUAAUGGCAAAAAAAUUUUUUAUCAGCACGUGAACUGCUCUCCCCAUAUACAAUCAUCUUCAAUUGAACUAAUGAAUGGAUCAUCUCAAGCAUUAGUCAAUUCAAAUAAUGCCAAUUCUUCAAUCGAUCACAUCCGGUCCAUGUUACGAAAUCAUGAAAUUGGUCAAAUAUAUAAAAAUUAUGAUUUUCAAUAUAAUUGCAUUGAUUCUUUAGUUAAAACACUGAAGGAUAAGGAAAGUUCAACAAGAGCUCUUGUUCUUUUAACGAAGAAAGUUAAAAGCGUAUUUAAAGAUUGUUUACUUCCGUUAAAUGAUAAAUUUCAUCCAUUAUUUUUAUUCGAUAAGGAUGUUAAUGUAUAUUUCGAAUUUACCAUCAAUGAUCCGAAAUCAUUAUUCGAUAUUAAUGAACGAUUAUCAUGUUCGGACUGGCGAAUUCUUCGACAUUCCAAAUUAAUCUAUGCAUUUGUCUAUGAAUAUUGUCAAACUAUUUCCAAAUAAUUUUUUCAAAUCUUGAUGCUUUUUUAAAACAACUAAUUUU